AAUUACUAUUUUCAUCAAUUAGACAAAAUUUAAUAAUAUAAUUUAUAAGACGUAUUGAUUUAAUAUCUAAAAAUAAGGACAUAUAAUUAACUGGUAAACCUUAAAAAACACCUAUCAGUGUCAGUAUUGCCCUGUUGCUCAAAUAACUUAUAAAUCAUCACAAUGCUGCAAUCAAAUGAAGGAAUUCACGAAGCUCUUGCACCAAUCUCUUGGCUCUCUGGGCGCUGGGUCACUGAAGACGGGAAAGGGCACUACCCAACCUUAAAAGAUUUUCAAUAUCAUGAAGAGCUGGAAUUCGCGUGUAUUGGACAGCCUAUGUUUAAUUACAUAUCAACAUCGAGAAAUCCUGAAACAAAGAAGCCAAUGCAUCAGGAAAGGGGCUUUCUCCGAAUAAAUCCCGGGACACACGAUCUAGCCUUCCUGAUCAGCCAUAACUUUGGCCUCUCAUCACUUGAGGAAGGUGCCUGUGAUCCUGAUAAGAAGGAAAUCAAAUUAACCACUGUGAAUGUAUCCAGAGCUAGUUUUUCGAAGCCACCAUAUGUCAAAAACUUUAGGAGAGAAAUACGGUUGUUGCAGCCAGAUACAUUAGAAGUUAUACUUUUUAUGGAGACUGAUAAUACACCUUUGAGUGAACAUUUAAAAGCAAUUUAUAAAAAAGUCUAAGAUAUAGUCUUAGUAGGUACCACCCACAUCACAUAUUCUAACACCUAUAACGUAGUGUUGUUGAUCGGUUUGAUCGGUGAUUGAGCCAGUGUCACUACAGGCACAUUGGGACAAGCAAUCUUAGUUACCAAUAUUGGUUUACAUUGACAAUGUAAGAGCUGUUUUAUAUUUCCUACAGUGCCAUUAUCUAUGGGUGGUAGUGGUUACUUAUCAUUAGGCCCAUUUGCUAGUCCUUCUACCUAAUAUAAAUAAAAAAAGUAUUUUUAAGUUUGUGUAAAGGGAGAAUUAUGUUUUAUUUAUGAUAAAUAGAGAUGUAAAGUUUAGGAUUGGCUAAUUAUUACAUAGAUUUUAGUAUUUUUAAUGAUUCUAUUAGCUUAAAACAGACUAUUUAUUCCUUAUUAUUUUUAUUGAAGAUUGAUUAAAAUGAAAACUAUACAAUAGUAUAAAUGUUAUUCUAUUAUGUUUAAAAUAAAUACCUGUUAUUAGCUGCCAGUGACCUACUGAUUGUUUUCGUUCAAAUUGCAUCUAGUAGAAUACAAUUAUUUAAUUAUUAUUGAUGUUCAUGAUUGUACUAAGUUGUAUCCAGUUUUGUG